CCUCAGGCAAGCCAGGCCGGGCCGGGCCGAGCUGAGGAGUCGCAUCCAAGAUGGCGGCGUGCGGACGUGUCCGGGCCGGGAGCCGCGGGCCGGGCCCCUUCCUCACCCUGCUGCUCCUGGCACUCGGGCCGGCCCGGGCGGAGCAGGGAGUGGGUGCCGUCGCUGGCGGAGGAGGAGGAGGUUUCCUGGGGGCCCCGCUCCAGCAGCAGCAAGCAGCGGGGCUCGGGGCCCAGCAGCCGCCUCAGCCGGCGCUGGUGGGGGGUGUCGGACGGCCGCCUCGCUCGGGGGCCUCCCCGGGGGGCGGUUGGAAGCUGGCGGACGAGCCCGCUUGCCGCGAGGAUGUGACGCGCGUCUGCCCCAAGCACAGCUGGGCCAACAACCUGGCCGUCCUCGAGUGCCUUCAGGACGUGCGGGAGACGGACAAUGAAAUUUCAUCAGACUGCAACCACCUGUUAUGGAAUUACAAGCUCAACUUGACUACGGACCCAAAAUUCGAAUCCGUGGCUAGAGAGGUCUGCAAGUCUACUAUAUCAGAGAUCAAGGAAUGUACUGAUGGGAUUGAUGAGAAAGGCUACCUGGUGUCCUGCUUGGUCGACCACAGAGGAAACAUCACCGAAUACCAGUGUCACCAGUACAUCACCAAAAUGACUGCGAUAAUUUUCAGUGACUACCGCCUGAUCUGUGGUUUUAUGGAUGCCUGCAGGAAUGAUAUCAACAACCUGAAGUGUGGUAGCAUUCGGCUUGCGGAAAAGGAUGCUCAUUCUCAAGGCGAAGUGGUGUCCUGCUUGGAGAAAGGCCUGGUGAAAGAGGUGGAGGAGAACAACCCCCGAAUGGCUGUCUCGGAUCAGUGCAAGAAAGCCAUUCUCCGUGUGGCUGAGCUCUCCUCUGACGACUUCCACUUGGACCGGCAUCUAUAUUUUGCGUGCCGGGAUGAUCGGGAACGUUUCUGUGAAAAUACUCAGGCUGGAGAAGGGAGGGUAUACAAGUGCCUCUUUAACCACAAGUUUGAAGAUGCUAUGAGUGAAAAGUGUCGUGAUGCAUUGACAACUCGGCAAAAACUAAUUGCACAGGACUACAAAGUUAGUUAUUCUCUGGCAAAGUCUUGUAAAAGUGACCUCAAGAAGUACCGCUGCAAUGUAGAGAACCUUCCACGUUCCCGAGAAGCCCGGCUCUCGUACCUUCUCAUGUGUUUAGAGUCUGCAGUGCACAGAGGUCGGCAAGUGAGCAGCGAAUGCCAGGGAGAAAUGCUGGAUUACCGGCGCAUGUUGAUGGAGGACUUCUCACUGAGUCCAGAGAUCAUCCUAGGCUGCCGCAGUGAGAUUGAGCACCACUGCUCCGGGCUGCAUCGGAAAGGCCGCACUCUGCACUGCCUGAUGAAAGUUGUACGAGGGGAGAAAGGGAAUGUGGGAUCCAACUGCCAGCAGUCGCUUCAAACGCUGAUCCAGGAGGCAGACCCUGGUGCUGACUACCGCAUUGACAGAGCUUUGAACGAGGCCUGCGAAUCAGUGAUACAAACCGCCUGUAAACACAUCCGUGCUGGAGACCCCAUGAUUCUCUCUUGCCUCAUGGAGCAUCUGUACACAGAGAAGAUGGUGGAGGAAUGUGAGCAUAGGCUUCUGGAGCUCCAGUACUUUAUCUCACGGGACUGGAAAUUGGAUCCCGUCCUCUACCGCAAGUGCCAGGGAGAUGCGUCUCGACUUUGUCACACACACGGCUGGAACGAAACAAGCGAGAUGAUUCCUCCCGGGGCCAUCUUCUCUUGCCUGUACAGACAUGCCUACCGCACUGAGGAGCAGGGGAGAAGGCUGUCCCGCGAAUGUAGAGCCGAAGUGCAGCGGAUCCUGCAUCAACGUGCCUUGGAUGUGAAACUGGACCCAGCUCUUCAGGACAAGUGCAUGAUUGAUCUGGGGAAGUGGUGCAGUGAGAAAACGGAGACAGGACAGGAACUUGAGUGCCUCCAGGACCAUCUGGAUGAUUUGGUGGCCGAUUGCAAAGACAUCGUUGGAAACCUUACAGAACUGGAAUCUGAGGAUAUCCAGAUCGAAGCUUUGCUGAUGCGAGCGUGUGAGCCAAUCAUCCAGACCUUCUGCCACGAAGUGGCAGACAACCAGAUUGACUCGGGGGACCUCAUGGAGUGCCUCAUUCAGAACAAACAUCAGAAAGAGAUGAAUGAGAAGUGUGCGGUGGGCGUCACCCACUUCCAGCUGCUUCAGAUGAAGGAUUUCCGAUUCUCUUACAAAUUCAAAAUGGCCUGCAAGGAGGAUGUGUUGAAGCUGUGUGCCAACAUCAAGAAAAAGGUGGACGUGGUCAUCUGCCUGAGCACUACUGUGCGCAACGACACCCUGCAGGAUGGGAAGGAGCACCGGGUCUCCAUGAAGUGCCGCAAGCAGCUGCGUGUCGAAGAGCUGGAAAUGACUGAGGAUAUCCGUCUCGAGCCAGACCUCUAUGAAACUUGCAAAAAUGACAUCAAGAGCUACUGUCAGAACGUGGCCUACGGCAAUGCCCAGAUUAUUGAGUGCCUGAAGGAAAACAAGAAGCAGCUCAGCACCCGCUGCCACCAGAAAGUCUUCAGGCUCCAGGAGACGGAGAUGAUGGAUCCCGAACUGGACUACACUCUCAUGCGAGUUUGCAAGCAGAUGAUCAAGAGAUUCUGCCCAGAAGCAGAUGCAAAGAACAUGCUGCAGUGUUUGAAGCAGAACAAGAACAGUGAGCUGAUGGACCCCAAAUGCAAGCAAAUGAUCACCAAGCGCCAGAUCACACAGAACACAGAUUACCGCCUGAACCCGGUGCUCAGGAAAGCCUGCAAAGCAGACAUCCCGAAAUUUUGUCAGAGCAUUCUGAACAAGGCCAAGGAUGACUCAGAGCUGGAAGGGCAGGUCAUAUCCUGCCUGAAGCUGAAAUAUGCAGACCAGCGUCUCUCUCCUGACUGCGAAGACCAGAUUCGAGUGAUCAUUGAGGAAUCAGCCCUUGAUUACCGGUUAGAUCCUCAGCUGCAGAUGCACUGCUCAGACGAGAUCUCUACCUUAUGUGCCGAGGAAGCAGCAGCCCAGGAGCAGACGGGGCAAGUGGAAGAGUGUCUGAAAGUGAACCUGUUAAAAAUUAAAGCAGAUAUGUGCAAAAAGGAGGUGCUCAACAUGCUGAAGGAGAGUAAAGCAGACAUCUUUGUGGAUCCUGUCCUUCAUACAGCCUGUGCCCUCGACAUCAAGCACCACUGUGCAGCCAUUCCUCCAGGACGAGGACGACAAAUGUCCUGCCUAAUGGAGGCCUUGGAAGACAAGCGUGUACGGUUACAGCCUGAAUGUAAGAAGCGACUUAAUGAUCGGAUUGAAAUGUGGAGCUAUGCUGCAAAGGUUGCUCCAGCGGAAGGCUUUUCUGACCUUGCCAUGCAAGUGUUGACCUCUCCCUCCAAAAACUACAUUCUGUCCGUCAUCAGCGUGGGCAUCUGCAUCCUCUUCCUGGUGGGUCUGAUGUGUGGGCGCAUCACUAAGCGAGUGACACGAGAGCUGAAGGACAGGUAGAGUCUGCCUUGGUAGCCGAAGGGAGGAAGGAAGACAGGCCUGCCCGGUGCCCAGUUUGUACAGCCCUCCUUUGUAUAGUCUCCCCACCCGCCUCACCCGUCUUCGGAGAGUACAAGCAAAUUAGAACAAGCGGCAGGUGUCAGCUGAGUUUUCCCAUCUCGUCCAUCGGCAUCUCCAACCGCGGAACGAGUUCGGCACGUGCAGCCGUGAUGGCCCAGCCAGCAGCUUCGUUACCCAUCAUUAGCGACUGUUGUUUGCCUGCCUGUAGACAAGUCUUCUUUCUUUUCUUCCCCUUCCUCUCUUUCUCUCUCUUGCUGUCGGAGCUGCCCUCACACUCUGAACCGAACUGACGCAACCUGCAGCUCAAGAGAUUUUUAAAGUUCAAAAUUUUAAAAAAAUCUUUUACAGGCAUAGCGUUUAGCGGUGGGUCUUGGUGGGGGAAAGCGUUUGUGCUUUGUGGCUGGGCGGGAAGACUGGGGGGAGAAGGGGCAUCACCCACCACUCACAGCUGGCCUUGCUUUGGACAUCUGGUUCCCUUUAGGGCAUCUCCGGUGCAGAAUCGAAAAGUUGCCUCCAGAGGUCUGUCAUCUCUUUGGUUCCUGUAUUUUGUUGCAUUUGUUUUCCUUUUUUAUUGCUCCCCUCCCCCCAAUACUUUUUGCCAAAAGGCAAUGCCUUUCGUCUUUUCCCCAUCUUUGGACUAAAUUAACAAUAUAUAUAUAUAUAUUGACCAGGGUUAAAGAAACUCCAGUCAUCUUGAAGGUACCCCUCGCGAAACAGCAUCGCACCCCAGAGCAAACAGUUGGUUAAGCUCUGGGGUGGUGUGUGCAGUUGGUAAGCCAGUGGGCUUUCCCAGGAGGAAGUCGGAGAGUGUUUGAGACUCCAGGGGUUAUAAAAAGGGGUGGGCCACAGCUGGGGAACUCUUUGCACCCCCCGCCUUCCCAGUGUGGCUGUUCACAGGUUAUUGAAGUCCCUCCCCAAUCCUCCUGGGUUUAGGAACAGCAUUAGCAGUUGGAGGGUGAGGUUUUCCCGCUCUCCAGAAUCCAGCCAAAGGGAUCCUCAGUGUCACAAGAAGUAGCAAGGAGUGUUAAGCUAGCUCAGUGGGCAGAGGGCCACAGAAGUCUAACUGGGGAGGAGCACGAAGACAAAACAUGGCAGCAGUUGCACAGAUCUUUAAGGUAUGUACAGUAGGGGUAUCUAUCUAUUAACCUGCUAGAUACAGUAGCUGGUGAAUAUGGUGAAAUGUUAAAUUGUGGCCUUGGGCUCUCUGCCACAGGCAAACAAUUGUGUACAGGGUCUGUGGUUCUUCCCCCUCCCCCCACCCCUUACGUAGCUAGGGAAAUGUCAUUCUCCACGUUCUGCAUUAAUUCUACAAAAGUGUAGGGGCCUAACUUUGCUGCAUUGCAGUGUGGAGAAACUGUCAUGCAUAACCAGUACUGUGAAUAUUGUUUUUUCCGCUUCCCCUUGAAGUGCUGGGGUCGGAGGAAAGGGACGCAACGUAUUUAAGCUUUUAGCACAGCUUUUUUUCCUCCUGCUGCAAAGAACAAUGCCAGGUGUAAUCUACAGGGGAAAAGCUUGUGCGGGUUUUCUGAUGACCACUCACUGUUUCAGGGCUCUAGAAUGGAUGGGAUGUGACUGGGGACACAGGUUUGCUGGACCUGCCCCUGCUUGUGAAUGCCGAAGGCUUCCGCGGACCGCAGCCGUGGGAUAAAUGUCCACCUCUGCCACCCCCUCCUACUUCUGGAAUUAUCGAUCCUAGGAGAGGUGGGACUGAAAAGGGGUACACCGUGCCAUGAUUCCCCACUUGGUGCUUUUCAAAGUCUGUAGUCUCCCAAGAAAAAGGUAUCUUUCAUGUGUUGUCAAUCUGUCAGCUGACUGGAUCAGGAAGCUUCUCUUGAGGUACCAGUCUUGAGCUGGUGGGAUUCUGAUUUUGGCAACUGAAAUGGUUGUAUCUCUUACCCUCCAGAAUUGGGGGCGGGAGUGAAGGAGUGCCAGCAGCUGCUCUUUAAGCCAGCCUGGAAAGCGUCAAUGAAAAGUGAGUACAGAAGAUAAUUGGCAGGGGGAGCUGGAACUACCACUCGCAUGGUGAGACCUGCGGAAUAGACAGGGGCUGAUCUCAUUCACUCCAAAAUAUGGGAAAGAGAGGACUAUUCACCGGCCCUUAUGCUUGGUGCUUUUCCAGUUGUGCUUUUAAGGCUAAAUAAGCCUCAUAUUCACCGGUUAAUAUCCUAAAAUAUAAUGCACAAGGAAGAUUCUCCUAUAGUUUCCCUUCAGGCAACUCCAACUGCCUCCUACCCCCAGCCCUGGUCCUGGCUAGAGCGUCCCAUCGGCAGGAAGGAGCAAAUGCCACUGGGAAGAAGCAGCAGUGUUUAUUUCCCGAGCCACCUUGCUUCAUUUCCACUGUAAGAAUGCAGUAAUGCUUCUGAUGUACAAAAGGCCAAGAGGUGGCAGGUCUGUGGUUGUGUGAACUAUAUGAGUGGCCCUUACUUGAGCAUGUUCACGCCUAAGGAAAAGCAGAGCCCCAAGCGGUUAUAUGAUGUUGGUACACUCUGUCUGCCUCAGUUUACAGAGACGAGGGGCUCUUUCAGUUAAAGGAAAGCAGGCCUCGGGCACGUAGUUCCUGGAGUCUCAGCUCCCAUGAUGCCUCUGUGCAGCUUUGGGCUUCAAGCCUAUUCUUCAUUCCUUGAGAUCGUAGAAGGCAGAGGGCUGGCCCUUCCAAGAGGUUAGUAUUUCCCCUUGCCCAAAAACUUAUCGACUAUUUAGUUUUUUUUAAAAAAUGCAUGACAUCCCAGGCUUUACAUUUACAGUUUAACCAAGAGUGUUGUGGGACUGAGAAGCAGGAAAGAGGCUGCAUUCCAUUUUGUGUACUCAAGACUCUUGGGAGAAAUGCUUUCUUUUAAAAAAAAACCCUCUAAGGCUUUCCAUCUGUUAAAACAUUGGCCAUGGUAUAUCAAUAGCUCCAGCUGCCGUGCUGACCUUCUUCUUUCAGAGGAGAAAAAGCUUGCAUCUUUAAAGAAGGUAUCCUGUGGAUGGGAGAAAUCUUUAGAAUCGAGGGGACCAGGCACUGGUAGGCACAGACGUGAAAAAUGAGAUGCUCGUGUAGAGUUUCUGCAUGGAGGCUGUUUGAGGAGUGGUUCUCUUUAAAGCGACGCCACCAGCAGCACUUGGAAGUGGCUUGCCCUGUCUUUGUUUUCUUUGUUGCAUAAACAUCAGCUAUGCUUAAAGCGGAGCAGACACAACACUAAGACCUGUUGUUUCUCUUUGUAUCAAUGGGGGCCAAGCAUGUGUUAAGAAUGCUUCUCGAGUAUGUCCAGCGCUAAACUGGAAGGAGGGGAUUUGAAAUUAUCUUUAGGAAGAAUAUUGCCAGCCCCAUUUAGACCGAGGGGCAUCUCUGCCCUGGCAGUUGUGUUUCUCCUGCCAGUCUGUCUAGACUAGCUGCAGUUGGCAGGGAAAGCUACAGCAUGCGUGGAUUAUGGGUGGUCUUGUAUGUAAAUUCCACACACUAGAUACUAGAAGUUGGCAAAUAUAUCCAUUUGGAGGGACCCCUAGUCGGUGCAAAGAAUCUCCUGUGGACACAUCACAGGGCAAAACUACAUUUUCCCUUCAGUUAAAAUUGGUUUUGGAACUUUUAUUACGGUGGCUGCUGGUGGGAAAGGGUUGUGACUUACACUGGCAUGCUCGUGUUUGAGGAAAUAAGCCUGCAGUGCACAGUUUGAUCUCAGGAUGGUAUCUAGGGGUUCGGUUUGAUGCCCCUUCUGCAGCUUGCAAACAAGCCCAGAGAAGAGUCAGCGAUAGAUCAUACAUAAAACGCUGGCCGACUAGUCCUUUUAAAAAAAAAGCAACAUUAACAAGAUUUUUGUUUGGUAAGUUGUUUUUCCCUUUCUAUGUAUAAUAUUCUUGGCCGUUCUUUGUUUUUACAUGUCCAUGCUGUGUAAUUUUUGAAUUGUUAACUGAAAACCUGAACAUAAUGUGCAUUUUUUCUGUACAGAUGAAAUGGGAGAAUUUAAUAAAAAAAAAAGAGGCUGCA